AAAAAAUGGCACGACAUGUCAAAACAAGUCAAACCAAAAGUGACAUUUUAUAUUUCACACAUUAUUUUGCAAAACAGCGUGUAGUUUGUGGCUGUAAAAAAAUGUUUUAAUUAAUACAGAAUUAGUGUAAAAGUAGGACACUAACAAGCAAAAUAAAUUUUAACGAGAUGAAGGAGUAAGCUAUAUUGGAUAUUUAACUCAAUUAUUGCAAAUAUAAGGAGUCCAUUUUAUUAUUUUGAACUUCAUCAUGGCACAUGAAGUAAUAAUACCCGCAAAUGAUAUAAAAUUCGAAAAGUUUUGUAACAUCUUAGAGCAAUUACACAAGAGGAAAAGGCAAAGACAAGAACAAGAUAAAAUAUUGGGAUUAUUUUUAAACGAAUGUAAACUGAGUGCAUCGCAAGUGGUAGGGAAAAAGAAUGCUACUUUGUUCCCAAUUUUAAGGCUGCUGUUACCAAAACUAGAUAGAGAAAGGAGUGCUUACAACUUGAAAGAAACGAAACUUGGCGUGUUGUUAGUAAAAGUUUUAUCACUUAGCAAACAAUCUCGCGAUGCGCAGAAGUUGCUGAAUUACAGAUCAGCAAAUAACUCGCAGGACAGUGACUUUCCUGGUGUUGCGUACUUUGCUUUUAAAAGUAGAAUGAAACCAAAAUGUGAGGAAAUAACUAUUGGUGAUAUAAAUGCCCUCCUUGAUAGUAUUGCCGCAGCCGAAGUUGGAAUGAAGGCGUCGGUUCUCGAUGAAACGUUCAGCCAUGUAAUAAACAAAGUGACUGCGGACCAGAUGAAAUGGUUCCUCAGAUUGAUACUGAAAGAACUCAAAUUGGAGAUGGGGAGUAAUCGUAUUUUAGCUCUAUUCCAUCCUGACGCUCCUGAAUAUUAUGAAACCUGUGGUUUGUUGUCCAAGGUGUGUGAAGAGCUCGGCGAAGGAGAUUCUCGUCCCCUGGAGCUAGGAAUAGAGAUGUUUCAUGCGAUUAGCCCGAUGCUGUCCGAACGACUCGACGUCAAGAAUAUUGCCAAACAACUGUCCCCGGACAAAACUUAUCAGAUUGAGAACAAGUUUGAUGGUGAAAGAUUUCAAAUACACAUGCGGGAUGGAAAAUUUGAAUAUUUUUCGCGAAGAGGAUUUUCCUUCACUAAGAACUUUGGAAACAGUUAUGACUCUGGACUGUUGACGCUUCAUUUUAAGGACGUCUUCUCAUCUGGUGUUACCAGCUUUAUUCUAGACGGCGAAAUGAUGGGUUGGCAUAAACAGUACCAGUGUUUUGGAUGUAAAGGAAUGGCCUUCGACGUUAAGAAAAUUACAGAGAAUUCGAGGUUCCAACCGUGUUUCUGUGCCUUCGAUAUUUUGUAUUACAACGGUAGAACAUUAGUGGGGCCCCCGGAGAAAGGAGGUUUGCCACUUAGAGAACGACUUCUUAUUUUGGACAAAGUGUUUACUGACAAAACUGGAGUGAUAAAGCAUAGUGAUCGGAGGACAUUGUCUAAGACGACCAUUUUCCCUGAGAUUUUGGAUGCUCUGAACAAGGCUAUAGAGAAUCAAGACGAAGGCAUUGUGGUGAAAGAUGUUGAUUCCUACUACAUUCCCAAUCGACGCAACGCAGGAUGGUACAAAAUUAAACCAGAGUAUACAGAAGGUGCCAUGAGUGAUCUUGACCUUGUGAUCAUCGGGGCAGACGAAGCUGAGAACAAGAGGCAAGGGCGCGCCAAGAGCUUCCACGUUGCCUGCAGUGAUGGUAACAGCCUGGGUAAAAUGCCAGAGCGCUGGAUAUCAGUAGGGCGUGUAUCUACCGGCCUUACGUAUGACGAGCGAGAAUCCCUAUGUGCCACGUUGGAACGCAACUGGACAUCCUCUAGGCAGACACCAGCGCCAUCUAACUUGAGUUUCAGUAAAAAUAAACCCGAUUUCUGGAUCCUUCCUGAACAUUCCGUCGUGUUAACGGUUCGAGCGUCCGAAUUGGUUCGUGCUUCAGGCUUCGGUUCGGAUUACACGCUAAGGUUUCCUCGCGUCACUCGAGUCCGUGACGACAAACCCGUUCAAGACGUCAUGACACUUAUGGAGUUCCAAAAUCUUUGUGCUAACAAAGGACCAGUUGUAAAAUUAAGUACCAAUCAAAUAAAUGGGGAUGAAAUAGCUGAAGUUAAACCUCGAGCGAAGCGGAAGAUAGAGGCGCCGAAGGUACCAGAGCAGUUCCAGAUCAGGUCUCGUGGAGACGUGGAAGCCACUUCGAAGGCUCUCCUCGGAAGGAAACUGUGUAUACUGUCCGAAGAUGUAGACUGUACGCGACAGGAACUCUGCAAGAUCAUUGAAACUCACGGAGGAAAAGUUGUUGCUAAUGCGGGUGCAGACACAUGGUGCGGGGUAGCGGGGCAGCUAACGAGUAGAGUGCGCGGUGUAAUUGCGUCACAACGCCUGGAUGUACUGAGCACCACCUGGCUGCGGUCCCUGACCCCGGCUGAAGCACCCGUGCAACCUCCACCGCUAUAUAUGAUGGCUAUCAAACCUGCCACGCGACAGACCCUCGCCAGGAACUAUGAUGCUUACGGAGACAGCUACACCGAACUAACUGAUGAAGAAACUUUAAGGAAAGUCUUCGAUAAAAUGGAUGGUGACGUGCAAAUCUACCUCACACACCAAGAGAUGCUGAGCUUAGACAAGGAAAUAUUUGGGGACAAUAAUCCGCAUUCGUUCUUGCGUCCUUGCUCCAUACAUGUCACAGAGCUGGACAGUCUCAACGCCAUUCUAGCUCGGAUGUACGGGGCCAAUGUCCUGGACUCUCCGUCCACAGACUGCACACAUAUUGUAGUCGCAAGCAAUAUUAAAAAGGCUGAACUAGAUGUUCUUAAAACGUACAAUGCAACGGUUGUUAGCGAAAACUGGUUAGAAACAUGUUUUUCUGAGAAAAAAUUUGUUCCAGAAGAAGAAUUUCUUAUGUGACAUAGGUUGUAUUUGUUUUUACAAAUAAAAUAUGUUAUUAUAGAAGGGAGCUAACAAUAAGAGCGGAUUUAAGCAUUAAGGUUUACCUACUUUACCAAUUUGUGAAACUUUUUAGAGAAGUUAACUUUAUUUUACAUACUGGCUGGUUUCGCAAUUUGCUAGCAAGCAUCUAUUUUAU